AAUCUUUUCCAUGCGAGUGGUAAUUAUCCUUCUUGGUUAGUCUAUACAAGUGAAGGACCUUCAACACAAUUUCAAGUUCCUGAUGAAAUUGACUGUCACAUGAAGGGAAUAAUCUUAUGUGUUGUUUUUUCAUCAAUGUCUGAAAACAUGGGAGCUGAAUGUCUGAAAACAUGGGAGCUAAAUUGUUUGGUCCGGGAAGUGUAUUAAUAAUUACAACCAGAGAUGUACGCGUGCUUAAUUUAGUUAAGGUUGACUAUGUAUGUACAAUGAAGGAAAUGGACGAAAAGGAGUCCCUUGAGCUUUUCAGUUGGCAUGCUUUUAGACAACCUAGUCCGAUACAAGACUACUGUAAACUCUCCAAAAAAGUAGUUGCUUAUUGUGGAGGAUUACCAGUUGCUCUUGAAGUCCUUGGUUCAUACUUAUAUGAGAGGACAAAACAAGAAUGGAUAAGUGUACUCUUGAAAUUAGAGAGAAUUCCCAAUGAUCAAGUGCAAGAGAAACUGAGAAUUAGCUACGAUGGUUUAAAGGAUGAUAUGGAAAAAGAUAUAUUUCUUGACAUAUGUUGUUUCUUUAUAGGCAAGGAUAGAGCCGAAGUUACAGAGAUACUAAAUGGCUGUGGACUUUAUGCAAAUAUUGGAAUAAGUGUUCUCAUAGAGCGGAGCCUUGUAAAAAUUGAAAAGAAUAACAAGCUUGGAAUGCAUUGUUUGAUAAGAGACAUGGGAAGAGAAAUUAUUCGUGAAAGUUCUGCAAAAGAGCCUGGGAAGCGUAGUAGAUUGUGGUUUCAUGAGGAUGUGCAUGACAUUUUGACAAAACAUACUGGAACAAAAUCUGUAGAGGGAUUGGUUUUGAAGGUGCAAAGAACCAUUAGAAUUCCCUUAAGUACUGAUUCUUUCAAGGAGAUGAAGAAACUGAGACUUUUGCAACUUGAUCAUUGCGUCCUGACCGGAAAUUAUCGGUAUCUUUCGAAAGAACUGAGAUGGAUUCACUGGCAAGGAUUUACCUUUAACUAUAUACCCGACGACUUUUACCAGGAAAAUCUAGUUGUAAUUGAGGUAAAACACAGCAGUAUCAAACAAGUGUGGAAGGAUACCAAGUUGUUGGAUAAACUAAAAAUACUCAAUGUUAGUCAUUCUAGGUACUUGAAAAACCCCCCCGUUUUUAUCAAAAUUACCGAAUCUAGAAAAGCUUAUAAUGAAGAAUUGUUCCAAUUUGUUCGAGGUGGACCAGUCCAUUGGAGAUCUCAAGAACCUUCUUUUGUUGAAUUUGAAGGACUGUGCAAGUCUUAGAAAUCUCCCAGGGGAGAUCUAUCAAUUGAAAUCUUUGGAAACUCUUAUAUUAUCUGGUUGUUCAAAGAUUGACAAGUUGGAAGAAGGUUUCGGGCAGAUGGAAUCCUUGACAACGCUGAUUGCUAAAGAUACAUCUGUAAAACAAGUUCCUUAUUCAAUACUAAGAUUAAAAAGCAUUGGAUAUAUAUCCCUCUGUGGAUAUGAAGGACUAUCACACGAUGUUUUUCCUUCUAUCAUUUGGUCUUGGAUGUCACCAAGCAUGAAUUCCCUACCCUGUAUAUCCCCAUUUGAGCGAAAUUCAUUGUCACCAGUUUCCUUGGAUUUAACUACUAACAAUAUGGGCUAUCAAUCACCAAUGCUUCCCAAUCUUUCAAAACAUAGAAGUGUUUGGAUUCAAUGCCGAUCAGAGAUUCAACUGACUCAAGAAUUAAGAAACUUUUUUGAUGAUCUAUAUGAUGUAAGUUUUACCAAGUUCGAAACAAUAUCACAUGCAUCACGAAUCUUAGAAAUUUCCUGGAGAUCGCUUUUGAUUGGAUUAGGAAGUUGCAGCAUGGCCAUCAACACUCUUGGCAAGAACAUAUCACAGGGAUUGACAACCAAUGAUUAUAGUGGUUUUUGUCUUCCGGGUGGCAAUUAUCCUUCUUGGUUAGCCUAUACUGGUGAAGGACCUUCAGUACUAUUCCAAGUUCCUAAAGAUAUUGAUUGUCACAUGAAGGGAAUAGUCUUGUGUGUUGUUUAUUCAUCAACAUCUGAAAACGUGGCAGUUGAAUGUCUAACUAAUGUCUUGAUCAUCAAUUACACAAAAUGCACAAUCCAAAUAUACAAGGGAGACACAGUAAUGUCUUUUAAUGAUGAAGACUGGAAGGGUUUAACAUUAAACCUAGGACCUGGUGACAAUGUGGAGAUUUUUGUUGUUUUUGGGCACGGAUUGAUUGUUAAGGAGACAUCAGUUUAUCUAAUUUAUGGCCAGUCAACUACUAAGGAAUUUGAGCAAUCAUUUAUUAUGGAAGUUGAGCCAUCAACUAACAUGAAAUUGGAGCCAUGGGCGGAAGUGAGCAUGCCGCCGUCACCUGAAGUGAACUUGCAGCUGUCGCCUAAUGUGGAAGUGGAGGCAUCAAUUACUGUGGAAGUUGAUUCAUCAACUAACAUGGAAAUGGAGCCAUUGGCCGAAGUGAAUGCGCAGCUGUCACCUGAAGUAGACAUGCAACCCUCAUCUAAUGUGAAAGUGGAGUCAUCAACUGAUGUUAAAACCAAUCGGCCGUCACAGGAAGUGAAGGUGUGGUCAUCACCUAUCAUGGUAAUGGAGCCACAACCAAAGUCCAAUAGAAGUAUCUUUACAGGAUUUGCAAAAAGAAUGGGUACAUGUUUAUGCUUGAACCAGCAUAGAGAUAAAGGUUUGAACAAUGUUUGACUGGACAUGCCUUUGUCAUACAAUGGGAUUCCCUUCUUUAAUGUUUUGCAAUGUUUUUAUGGAGGGAGGAGCGAUAUAUGUUUUAUAUACAUAAAGGGUCACAUAAUGGAGAACCUAUGAAAAGAAAAGUACAGGAAAGCUAGACAAGUUUAUGACCAUUUUCGGCUAUAACAACUGCUACAAGACUACCAUCUCUAUGAAAGUUUGUACAAUAUGAUUGAUAUUUGUAGCUAUUCUUUUGUAAUAAAACCAACUAUUCUGUAGCUGCCAAGUCAAAAUUUUAAAAGUCUAUCUA